UACUAAACAAAAAUGUCCAUUUCAAAAUUCAAACACCCAUCUCUACUCCCUAACUAGUAAUUUACAAAUUAUUCCCAAUAUCAUAUUCAAGCAACCCUAAUUUAUUUUCUCUACUCCUCCCCUUUCUCCAUUCUCCACCGCCGACGCCGGCGAAAGAAAAUGACUAGCUACGGAACUAUCCCCACCUCAUCCUCGCCGUCCGGCAACCCGGUGAACCUCGAAUACAUCUCACGCGCCAAGGAACGCAUCAAGGAUGGCCUCGCCACGCGCCGCCCCUGGCGGGAGAUGUUCAAUUUACACUGCUUCAACCUCCCGUCCGCCUCCGGCGCCUUCUCUCGAAUCAAAACGAACUUAGCAUUCUUCCGAAUGAACUACGCAAUGAUAGUUCUGUUGAUUCUGUUUCUUAGUCUCCUCUGGCACCCGAUUUCGCUUAUUGUUUUCAUUGUAAUGAUGGCGAUUUGGCUCUUCCUCUACUUCCUCCGCGAUGAGCCGCUUGUGAUAUUCGGCCGGUUGAUCACCGAUCGUGUGGUGCUUAUUGUUUUGUCGCUGGUCACGAUUGUCGUUCUGCUGUUCACUCACGCCACUAUCAAUAUUCUGGUGGCGCUGUUGGUUGGAGUUGUGUUGGUUCUGAUUCACGCCGCCGUGAGGAAGACGGAUGAUUUGUAUGUUGAUGAGGAGGCUGCUGGCGGCUUGUUGAGGUCUACUGGUGGUCCUUCGUAAAAUUGAUCUUUCAUCUUCCUCUUUCUAAUUAAGUUUAUCCUUUGUACUUUCAGUAUUUGGUCUAAAGUGAUUGUUUUGAUUUUGGGUAUUUCUGUAAUUCGGUGUGCGUUUGAAUUAUGCUUUCAGCAAUCUUUUAUCCCACAUUUUA